AUGUCAAUAGAAUUAGCAGUAGGCUCAAGGUGUGAAAUUCAAGGAAAAAUUGGAACAAUUCGUUUUGUUGGACAUACUGCUUUUUCUCCUGGUAAAUGGUUUGGAGUAGAAUUGGACGAGCCAUUGGGGAAAAAUGACGGCUCAGUUAAUGGAAAGCAUUAUUUUAAAUGCGAGGAAAAACAUGGUGUUUUUAUUAGGACUUCACAAGCUAGACCUUUAUUGACUCCAAAUGCUGCACAACAAAGCCAAACACCGACAAAUUUUGCUCCACCAAAUGAACCAGCAACAAAUGGCCGAUCAAGUAGACCAGCAUCUAUUGUAGGAUUACCAAGCAAGAUAAAUGUCUUGGGGAUGUCUAACAGGUCUUUGAAAGGUCCAACUUCACCAACAAGCGGAAGAUUUAGUAGUAAUAGUAAUAGUAAUCGUGCCACAAGUCCUACACUUUCUAGAAAAUUAAGAGGAGUUUCUGAUGCUAGUAUUAAUAAUGUGGAUUUAAAAAAGCUCACAUCUGUUGAGCCAGAUUCUUUGGAUCCAGAGGAAGAAUUUUCUGAACUGCUUGGUGAUUCUUUAACUGGAGAACAUUCUGAAAGUAAUAAUGUAGGAUCAGAAGCAAAUAAGGCAACAGAAAUAUUGAAAACACAAGAGGCUUCAUCAAUUUCUCAAGAUCCGUUCUCUUUGCAAGAAGCAUCUGCAUCACGCGAACAAAUGAUUCCAUUGAAAGAUUAUGAGGAAUUACGUCUAAAACUUAAAAUAUUGGAAAAUAAACGACAAGAAGAUCGUGAAAAGCUUCGUGAAAACGAAAAGCUUAAAGUUGAGGCUGAGCAAUUUUUGCUUAUUAAACCAAAGCUUCAAGUAAAGGUGACAGAAAUGCAACAAGAAUUGCGUGAUCUUAAAAAACAAUUCAAAGAUGUUACAACAGAAAAGGAUGUUUUAGAAAAUAAAUAUAACGAAGCAGUUGAAUCAAUGGAGAUGAUGACUCUUGAUAAGGAAGUGGCAGAAGAAAAAGUAGAUAAUUUACAACAUGAAGUUAACAUGUUAAAAGAAAAAAUUGAAGAAAUCAGUGUUGAUUUGACUGUUUUCAAGCAAGAGGGUGAUAUGGUUAACCAAGGUGAUGGAAGUGGUGAAGCUAGACCAACUUUAGAAGUUAUUCAACUUGAAAAGCAAAAUGCAAGAUUAAGAGAGGGACUUGCCAAGCUUCGAGAAAUUACAACACAUGCUGAACAAAUGAAACAGAAAUUGGCAGUAGCAGAAGUUCAAAUUGAGGAUUUGAAGAAUCGUUUGGAUGAUGCAUUAGGUGCAGCAGACAUGUUUGAAGAUCUUACUGAAAAGAAUUUAAUUCAAGGAGAAAAAAUUGAAGAAAUGAGAGCGACAAUUGACGAUCUUGAAGCUUUAAAAGAAUUAAAUGAUGAACUUGAAGAAAGUCAUAUUGAAACCGAAAAACAAUUGCAAUCUGAAAUUGAGCAAAAGGAGAUCUUAAUUAGUGAAUAUGUUAGAAGGAUUGAAGCUGCUGAUGAAGCAAAUGCUGAUUACGAAAAUACAAUUAAUCAAUUCCGUGAACUCGUGGCUAACCUGCAAAGUGAUUUAGAACAAUUACGUCAAAAAGAAGAAAGUCAAUCAUCAGAAUCAAAGAAUCUUAGCAGUCAAUCUUUAGCUAUGAUGAACUUAAAUCAUCAAUUAAAAACAACAGUUUUAAAAGCACAAGGCAAACAAAUUGAUUUAGAAUUAAGAAAAUUGGAUGCAGCACAGGCUUCAGAAAAUCUUGCUUUUGUACAGCCAUAUUUACCUGAAACUUUCUUCCGAACAGAAAAUGAUUCUAUUCGUUGUUUACUUUUGUUGAAACGUAUUAUAUUCAAAUCUGAUUUAAUUGUUAAACAGAUUGAUCAAAUACAUAAUAUUCCAGAGAAAUUAAAUACAGUUGUUCCAGAAAAAUUGAUUUCAGUUUGUGAAUUAAGACAAAAAUUGGUAUGGUUUUCUGAUUUAGCAAAGCGAUUUGUUUCAUUUAUCAAUAAUUGUCCAGUUGAAAUAUUCCUUAGGAUGAGUCAAGUUUAUCAUGAUUUAAUUGGAACAGAAAAAAGGAUUCAUAAUAUACUUGAUUUAUUAAGAAACGAAAAACUCAAAGAAUCUGAUCAUAUUGUUGAAGUUCAAAGGGCAAUUGCUCAACUUGAGCAUUUAACAGAGCUUUACCUUUCAAACACCAAGUUUGGUGAAUCUGAUGAAUUUUAUGCUUAUGGUAACGCAUUGAGAAUGAAUGCUGAUACUAUUGCAGUAACUCUUGGACAUCUUAAACAGGCAGUAGCUCUUGCAUGUAAAGAUGAAGUACAAGAUUCAUCUGAAGCAUUUAACGAACAGUUCUUCUCACCAUUACAGACUUUGGUUUCACAAUCAAGAAGUAGUAAGGUUAUGGUCAAAAAAAUGUUGGAUAAUUUAGACGUUUUGGCAGGAAAAUCAUCGGUUUUGAAAUCAGAAUUUUUAUCACAAUUUAAAAUAUGUUAUAAAUUAAGCAUGAAAUUAACUGGUUUUGGUCAAGAGGUAGUGAAAGGUAUUUUAGCGUUCAUUAAUGAAAAGAAAGAUACCAAAGAAGAGUUAUCACUUGUUGGCAUAAACAAAGUUAUAUAUCAAAUUACGGAAAGUAAAUUGGAGAUUAAUGAAAUGACCGUGUGGGAAGGAUGCACAAAAACAUUACAAACGUUAUGCCAAGAAAUAAACAAUUUGAGUAAUAUUGCUAAUGAUUCUGAUAACGUUGUCGCAAUUGCUAAAGACGAACAACCAUGGGUUCUUAGAGCUAAACAAUUAAAGGCAGAAGCACUUGUAAAUCUUGAUAUGGAACGUAAAGUUCAACAAUUAGAACAAGCUUUACAAGAAGCUGGAAUUAAGAUUGAUUUAUUAGAAAGACGUAUGGAAACAUUCAAAAGACAGGCCGACAUUAUUAAUUCUUUGGAACAAGAAGUUGCAAAUUCAAGAAAACAUGAAGCCGUUUUUGAAGAAGCAAUGGAAAGCUUACAACAAGAACUUGACAAUCUGGAAAAACAAAAUAGACCAUAUCAUGAUGUUGCAAUUAAAAUUGGAGAAGAGGGAAUUACUCCACAACCUCACAAAGAUGGUGUAGAAGAUGAAAUACAUCACAAGAAAUCUAGUACAUUCUUUGAAAAUAAUCCAUUAGAACAACAAAGACUUACUAGUCAGGUUGAAUCGCUAAGAUUUGCUGUUCGAUACCUUCGUGCAGAAAAUACACAUUUGAAGGGCAAAGAUGCAUUAAAUAUUUUAAGUUGGCAUUUAAAUUCAAAGAAAGCAUCAUUGGAGCAUGACAAAGAUGAAGAAGAAAAGCAAGAGCCUUACUUAAGUGCAACACCUCGUGUUAUUGAUUUAACUAAAUCUUACGAAAAACGUAAUAAAUGGCAACCUUUAAAUAAAAAACCAGGAUAUCAAUAUCAAACACAACAAUCAGUUUUGUAUACAUUACAACAACGAUCUAAUGAAUUAAAAACAAAACUUCAAAAACUUAGCAAGGUCACUACCAAUCAUUUGCCAAAAACACCAAAAGGUGCUAAUAUUCUAACAACAAAUCCACCAUUUAUUGGACGUAUUCGAGUUCCAAUGUUACCAAAUACUGAAAGUUUAGAAAAGGCUGGGCCUAAAAAUUGUUUUGUUCAUAAUAUUAAACUUAAGAAUCCUUCAGAUUUCGAAAAGAUUCAUACAAUUUUCGUAAAUUAA